GUUUCAAAUAUGUGCGUGUAAUUGUGAUAAUAUAUAUAUGAAACAUGGAUUGGUCCCCGGAGGACGAUAUUCCUGGAAGGCUCCUUCACCAGGCUGCUCUGUGGGACAAUGUCGACCUUUUGGAAGAUUUACUUAAAGGCGACCAAAGUGCCAUGAUAAAUAGUCAAGACAGUUGGGGCCGAACACCUUUACAUGCUGCUGCAAUAACUGAAGACUCAAGAUGCUUAAGAAUUCUUCUUCAAGCAGGUGCUGAUCCGAACAGCAAAUGUGGACCGAGAGCUGAUAAUUGUACGGCCCUGCACAUGAGUGUAGCCCACGGUCAUGCAGGAAACGUAGAAUGCCUAUUAGAAUUUGGAGCAAAUUUUACAGACAAAGACAUAUCAGGAAUGACUGCUCUCGAUAUAGCAGAAAGGGAAGGCAAUGUUGAAUGCAUUAACCUGCUGAAAAAUGCUUCAGAUGAGCGAGAAAGAGCGCAGCAGGCACUGCGCUGCGCCGUAUCCCGCGGCGACAUGCGGGCUGCACGAGAACUGCUGCAGCAGCUUGGGCCGGAGGCGAAGGCUGUCGUUAAUUGCGCUCCGGGAGGAACCAAUACACUUCUAUUUAGUGCUUGCCAAUUAGGUCGCACUGAAAUGGCUACAAUGCUACUUCAGCAGGGAGCAGAACCACGGGCACAUCCCGUAACUGGAUAUACACCAUUGUAUACGGCUUGUCAUCAUGGACAUGUAAACACUGCUAAACUGUUGUUGGAAAAAUAUCCUGAAUUAGUCCAGCAAGCUACGAUGGAAAAAUGGCUUCCGUUGCAUGCUGCAUGCAUCAAUGGACAUGUUGAAGUAGUUCGGCUGCUGUUAAGUUUUCAUUAUCCGGAGCACCUUUUAACAACAUAUACGGAUCAGUCAAAUAGAUGGCAAUGGCGAUUGGCUUUUGAUCCGAAUGCCCAGGAUGUUACCAAGCAAACUCCACUAUACAUGGCAAGUCUUUUAGGAAAUAAAAAACUUGUUGAUCUCUUAUUAGGCUGGAGAGUGCCUGCUACCAGAACACAUGAGAAAAAUGAAGACAGCACUCCGUCCUCGGCUACACCUACACCAUCACCAAGUAGUCCUAUUAAAAGAAGAAUCUCUGAAGGAAUUCAGAACAUCAUGAGUAAAUUGAGUUUGGGUUCAUCACAGCAACAGGAUUCUCCGCACGAACGCAUGCUGACUCCCCUUCGUCCAGAUAUCCUCUGCGGCACCGCAGCAGUCGAUUCAUCAGGUGCUGGUGCUCGAAAUGGAGCAGGAGAAACAGCCUUAGGAGCAGCUGUACGUGGAGGACACUUGGAAGUUGCACGAGCUCUAUUGCGUGCUGGAGCAGAUCCCAAUUUGGGAGGAGGCGUCACUGACGGCAACGAUUUGGGAACAAUUAACUCUGAUCAUGAAUCAUCAAUCCGCAACUCUACUGCUCCACAAACUCCUCAAUCGACACCAACCACCGCCGUAACUCCGAUAACAUCACCAUUAUCGCCAACGUCUGCGCUUAUAACGGCUGCUUCUGGUGUUUCUGGUCUUCCGGCAAUUCUACAGUCUUAUCCUGAUCCAGAAUAUAAGAUAAAUAAGCGAGCUUUAGAUGCAGCAGGAUCUGUGGUUGCAGCCAGGACUGGUGAUGUCACGAUGUCACCAGUGCGUCAAACCAAGGCGAAUGAGGAUGCUGUUACUUACAGUGCUCUUUUUCCGAGUACUCCAACUAUGCUAAAUUGGCAUAAUCAACGAUGCCACUUGAGUAAUAUCAGACCACAAUGGCUAAGUGCAGCAGCCCGCCUGCACUCAACCCAAAAUUAA